AUGAAAAUAGCAGAAAAAAUUAAGCAAGCCUACCGAACACUAGGAUUAGCCGAAAGAACUGAAUUACCCCAAGGAGCCUCCGAGCAAGAAGAAGUUAAAAGAGCCUAUCGCAAAUUGAGUUUAAAAUACCACCCUGAUCGGCAACAUGGCAAAAGUUCAGCGGAGAAAAAGGAAGCAGAGGCAAAAAUGAAAGAGAUUAACCACGCUAACGACAUUUUGACCGGUAUAACCGAAUUAAAAGAAAAGGUUAAAAAGGGUAUUUGGGAAGCGUUGGCCCGUGCCGAAUUCACCCAAACUGAAUUCGAAAAUAUGAUGCGAGAGACCCAGCAGAGAAAACCUGAAUUGCGAGAGACGGCCGAAUUAUAUAUCGAUUUUCCAAGUAAAAUAGAUGGAUUAAAUAAUGCUGAUGAAAUAUUAAAUUACUACGAAAAAUUUUUAAAAAUGGUUACGGCUUGCUACCAGGACAAAUUAAACAGUAAUUUAGAGGAUUUGAAAAAUAACCAACCUAAAAGUGUUUUUGAAGAGUAUAUGGAGGAAAAUGAGGAAUGA